AUGCACACAAAAAGCCAUCAGGUUUUCAUCCAAUCCCAAAACUCCCAAUUCAAAACACAAACCCUAACUCUAGACCCAACUCAAACCCUAACCCUCCACAAUCUCAAGCUCUCUCUUUUGCCCAACAAGGAAAACUCCUCUUCUUUCUACUUCACCCUCAAUGGAAAACCUUUAAAAGACUCCACUUUUUUACCAAAUCCCCAAAUUGCCCCUCUCUCCACCCUGAUUUUACAGACUCGGCUCUCUGGCGGUGGUGGCGAUGGCGGUGCUACGGGGGCAGAAUCCAGGGACUGCUACCUCAAUAUGUAUGCUGAAAAGAAGCCUGAUAAAGUGGAUCCACAUGAGCAGCGACUGUCGAAAUGGCUUAAUUGCUCCCUUUCGAAUGAGCCCUUGACGCAGCCUUGCGUAAUUGAUCGACUCGGUAAUAUGUUUAAUAAGGAAGCUUUAGUUGAGGCAUUGAUUGGUAAAAAGUUGCCUAAAGAGUUCGGUUAUAUAAAGGGUUUGAAAGAUAUGAUUAAUAUACAGUUGGAGGUGGUUCCAGGUGAGGGGUCGGAUAAUGCUCGGUUUCAAUGUCCUGUAUCGGGGUUAGAGUUUAAUGGGAAGAAUAAAUUUUUUUCUUUAAAGAAUUGUGGGCAUGUUUUGAGUGCUAAGGCAUUGAAAGAGGUGAAGUCGUCAGCGUGUUUGGUUUGUUAUAAGGAGUAUGAAGAGUGUGAUAAGAUUGUGAUAAAUGGGAGUGAGGAAGAGGUGGCUGUUCUGAGGGAGAGAAUGGAGGAGGAGAGAUCGAAAGUGAAGGAGAAGAAAACGAAGAAAGUGAAGAAUGGGGAAGUAGGGGCUAAUGGAGAGGAGUUUGCAGGUCAGGGCGUGGAGGUCUCGCAGUUGAGUGGUAAAAAACAUGGGAUUGUUGAUGUUCAGGGAGUGGAUAAGAUUGUUGGGAAAGUGAAAGGAAAUGGUGGGAAGGUUGAGAAUGUGAAAGGGGUUAGUAAUGGUGGUUCAGUGAAGCGGUUUAAGGCUGCAGAUGUGGUGCCAGCUAAUGCCACUAAGGAGGCCUACACCUAUGAGCUACUGCAUGUGCAUCACUUUCCUGGAGUUCAAACAUUUUGUGAGCCUUCAUUUCUGUCUCUUGUAGGGUUUAGUUUUGCACAAAACUUGGAAUUGCUUAUGUUCAGGGGCCAGGAUGGAUUAAGUUGGAUUGAGUUUGAUUGUGAUAGCAUUGAUAGGCUGAAGUCUGCUAAGGGCGGGGAUGACAAAGAUGGGACUUCCAGAAAGCGCAAGGUUUUAUGGGUGAACAUGCAAAGAAAAAAGUGUAAAGAAAAUUCAGUAGUUCCUGCUUUCAUUGAGAGUCGAACUCAAGACCUCCCGCUUACUAAACGGAUGAAGAUCCAAACUUUGCUUUUGGGUCUUUCGGCUCUGUUAGAGUUUUUCAUGAUCACUGGUUUUGCACUUCCUGAUGAUGAUGUGUACCUUACGUUGAGUGAUCCUUCGGCAGCUUUCACUUACAACAGAUUAUCUGAAGUUGAAAAGCAAUGCAGCUCUUUCCUGUCCUCAGCUUCUGAGCUGAAACCUGAUGAAGAUACAAAGUACAGACUUAUGGGUCAGCUCUCUUUCAAAAAUGGAGAUUGGGAGCAGAAAACUGGUGGAAUGCCAUUGAUGCCAUUUUCUGACAGUGACUUGCAAACUAGCAGUAUUUCUCUUCCUACUGCCUUGAAAUUGGUGUCUUUUCAGGUCAAGAAUGUUAGUUCUGUCCAGCAUUUUCAAAACACAGUUAGUGUCGGAGGAUAUUUGGUAAUAGGCAUAUCCAGAGAGAGCUCGUUUGCUCAAGGUUUCAACCCAUCGCCAAAUUUUAUUAGACCUGGUACAUCUGCCCUUACACUUGCCUUCGAGGGGGUUUAUACCGAGACUGAGCAAAAUGGAGGGGAACGCCACUUGUGUUUGCUGGGAAAGUCAACACUCACUUCUGGCAUAAGAAUUGAUGUUCCUUCAGAUGUUGCAGAUGGCUUUGGUCUACAAACUGAUCAAAUCUUACUAGUCCUUCACUAUCCAAUGACCUUCAGUCUGACAAAUAGAGAAAUCCAUGGAGAAAUGCAAAGCCUAAACGAAAAAGCGAGUCCUAAGUACUUUGAUACAGUGUACAUAUCUUCUCAGUUGAGCCAUCAAUCAAUGUAUCAAUUUAGCUCGAAGGUGCUGGCUUCAACAACUUGUGAGCCAUAUCUAUAUUAUCAUGAUGAGUGGAAGUUAUUUGGACAACAAAUUGACAUCAGUCUUGUUUGGAAGGGAAAUUGGGGAUGUAAAUUUGAGUUGCAAACAUAUCAAGCUCAUAUUGCAACAUGCAUUCAAGCAACUUCAUAUGACAGUAAUGGUGCAGAGGCUUCAGCGGUGCUGAGAGUGAUUCCUGCAGAAAUGGAUCCAAAUGUAGCCCGAACAUUGACUGGUCUUUCAGGCUUGGUUUUCAAUGCUGAGGGGAGGUGGAAUCCUUCAAGCGGGCAACUUUGCAUGCUAAGCUGUCCUACUGGAGCUCAUUCAGAAUUCAAAAGAUGCUUUUUAUGGAUAUCACUAUAUUUUCCUCGUGCAUUGUCGAUCAAGCAGAGGAGUUUAGUGUUUGGCAGCAUAUCUGACAAAAGAGAUGAAGUCAGCUCUAACUAUCGUCUUCUUUUUGAUUUAGUGAUGCAACCCUCAUAUUUGAAGGACCCAUUCAAUUCGUAUAACACCCAUUACUUGUCAUACAAUUACUCAAAGCUUCGUCUGGCUAGUCUCUUUAAAAGGAAAACUCAGUAUUUCACCACCCUCAACCAUUCUCUGUUGAGGUAUCCCGCUCUAAAAGGAGCGGAAUCAGUAGCUCAGCUUGAUUCUCUCUCCAAUGAGCUCCUCGUUGAUGGCUGUAUUGCCACAGAUCAACCACCUGAUGGUCGUGAUACAAGUAUCUCCAUUCGUAUGGAGGUACUUUCUCUAGGUUCACUAAUUGGACGAUUCGACGAAGAUGGUUCAAAGGAGGUCUCAGUCAAUACAACAGCUAACGUCACCUUCAUUAACAGGCAGCUUCUGAAUGUCUCAACACAUCUUAUUUUCAGAAAAUUUAAAGAAGCAACUCAAGAAUUUUCCAUGAUAUCUUAUAAGAAUAUCUCACAGAUGUUCUUGGAAGGUAUAUAUGAACCGGCUAUUGGUGAGAUGCAUCUUAUUGGUUGCAGAAAGGUUGUAACUGGAGGAACUGGUAUAGAACGGGGCCUCGAUUGUUUGAUUAAGGUUGAAAUUCAGUACCCCUCUGAAAAUAUGGAACAUACCAAAAUCACCAUCACCAGCCAAAGGGAUCAAGAAGAUCUACUGGGUCAAGACGAUCCUCUAUAUUUUGGCCCUGUUAGCUUGCCAGCUCGUGAGACUCGUUAUCAAGACCAUACAUUGACUGUGGCCUAUCAAUUUGAAGGGAUUCUUCCAAUUCUGUUGGUUUGUGGUGUAAUUGCAAUGACGUUCUUGGUUAAUGGUUAUAGCCUUCCAUUGGUCAGUGGUGCUGAAACUCUCUUCAAGCUUCAUAUUAUAAUCUUGCAAACAAAUGCUAAAUCACUGCACAAAGCAUACUACAUUGGGCUUACCUUGAUUAGGCUUGUUCAGCAUCUUCACCAAUAUAUCAGCAAUCCUAUUCAAGACUCCAAGUUCCAAGAUUCUGAAUUUGUGAACCCUGAUGUUACUUCUAGCAAGUCUGCAGUUGUAAUGACAAUGAUUGUAGUAGCAGCAAUAGUCCAUAUCCAGCAGAAUUGGAAGAAGCUAAUCCAGUCCUUGGAAUUAAAGAAGUUGUCCGCAACGAGUACCUACCGGAAUCAUGAGAUGAGUAUAAACACGGAGUUUAAUGAUGCAAAGUUUGUAUAUUUUAGCAUGUUUCGAUUGCAUGUACUGCAACUCUAUAUGUAUAGGAGCUAUAGGCUGCAGGAUAAUUACAAUGCAAGAGAGUUGUAUUUGAUCAUGGUCUCUACCGGUAUCCUUGAUAUGCCCCUGCAAGUCGAUCGUGGUGUCAACUACGGACGAGCUUGUGCCUAUGAUCUUUAUGCAAGCUUCUUUGUUAAGGAGUCGAAAGUUAGUCUUGAGAGACAACAUGGAUAA